GCAACCUUCGCCGGUAAGUUUCACCACGAAACUCUUGCUUACAAUUUACCAUGCCUUUGUUGUCCCUGUGCUGGAUUCGGUGAGCUGUUGGUAGGAGCUCCCUGGUUUAUAAUGAUGGUGAUUUAGCCUUUCCUUCCCACUUGUUCUCGUUUCUUCUUGUUUGGUUCCUGCGAGAUGGGGAAUCGGAGCGGUGGUAUGAAUCUCUUGUUAGACUCGGGGCAUUGGAGAAUCCGUUGGACUGUGGAAUUGGUGGAGCCUCGGCCAGCUGGGAUUCGGAAAUGCGGCUUCGAGAGAUUUGGUCUCUUGGCUUGUCCUGCAUUGGAAUAGGCCGGCUGAUUGAAGAUUUUAGUGCUUUAGGGCUUUUGAUUGAAUUGGAUUCAAAUCCCUAUCUCAGUUGGUGACGGGAAUUCUUAUGUUUCUAUGAAGUUCCAUAUAAAUUAGGAAGCGGAUCUUAGCUAACGCUAUUUCUCUGUGAUGUCUGGUUUCCCUGUCAGUAAUGAGUUGCCUGAUCGCGUGCCCAUUAGUGAUGCUUGGUCCCGUUCAGCUUAAGCAGAAGAUGGGUUGAGACGGUUUCUUAGCUUACUCCACAGUUAAUCUGGAUUUCGGCGACUGAUGGCUAUUGCUGCUGGCCUGCAAAAUGUUUCUGUACCUGAUUCACCGUUCAUGAGGGAACCACAAUCCGGAUCAGGCCGGAAUCAAGGCAGUGAUGGGAGGGGUAGCACCCAUGCGUCUUCUCUCCUGAGAAUGUGGAGGGAGCUUGAGGAUGAGCAUGGGGUGAGUCAUGGUCAGGGUAGAGUUGGUGAGAGAUUGCUCCAGUACAGGGGUGAGGUCUUGAGCAACCUGUCAAGGGGAGAUGAUGUUUCCGAUGGGAACCAUAGUGGUAGUGAUGAACAUGAGGAGGUGAGGACUGUUAGCGGAGGGGAGAGUGAGUAUGGACAUGAGGAUGAUCGAUCUGAUUUUGGGGAGAUAGAGAGGGAGAGAGUGAGGCAAAUUUUUCGGGAGUGGAUGAGUAGUGGCGGUGCAAGGGAACGCAGCACUCCUCAUGUGUCCAGGAGAAAUGGGUCGAGGGCCGAAUGGCUGGGUGAAACUGAGCAGCAGAGAGUGAGAGUCAUACGGGAGUGGGUACAGAAGAUAAACCAUGGUCCUGCUGCUGGACAGAUUGAACAAGUUCUUGAUGGUCUUAAUCUUCAUCGUAGCGAAGGACCACCAGAGCGGCAUUCCAGAAGGGGGAUUCGUCGACUCUGUGGGAGGCAGGCUCUCCUUGACAUGAUUAAGAAGGUUGAGCGAGAAAGGCGAAGUGAGCUUCAAGGUUUACUGGAGCAUAGGGCUGUUACUCAAUUUCCUCAUCGUAACAGGAUUCAGUCAUUACUCAGAGGCAGGUUCCUCCGGAAUGGCAGAAUGAUUGAAAAUGACAGACCUAGAUCGACAGCAGCACGCGAGUUGGGUUUGCUACGGGAAAGACAUUCUGUAGCUGAUUUAAGGGAAGGGCUUGUUUCAAGACUGGAUCAUUCAGCUUCUGGUCAACUAGCCACCAAUGCUUCUGAUACCUCAUCUAACUUCGACAUAACUGAGCAUUCCGAAGCAAAUGAUACACAGAGGGCUGUAGGCGAAUCUCCUCGUCAAACACAGUCAAGAUUUGAAGAAAGUAACAGCCAUAGGACGACAGAUGCUAGAAACAAUACUGGAUCUAGCACGAAUCAAGAUGUGGUUACCGAAGGAUCUGUUGAUGUUUUAGAGGACAGGUCUGGGCAACCUUCACAGGGUGUGGAUGCAAGAGAAGACGAGCAAUCAUCUGGUGAUAAUGCAGAAGAGAUGAGCAGAGAUGUGCAAGAACCCACAUUUCCACCAACGAAUGAGAGUGGAGGACAGAGUCCUGCUGCUGGUGAAGCAUUUUCUGAACAAUCUGAGUCGAAUGACAUGGAUUAUUCUGAAAGCAAUGCAGUCAAUCAAGCACGAUCAGAAGAGCCUGAGAAUCUAACUUUUGAAAGUGAGGCCACUGAUGAUGAUUGGUUAGGAAACCAUGAUGAUACAGUUGAGGCCUCUGGAGAAUGGCAUGAAGUAGAUGGUGGUGAGUUUCAAGAGGAUAUCCAAAGUUGGUUAGAAGAAGAAGAGCCUUCUUCUUCAAGUUGGGAUGCUGCUGCAGUUGGAAGGAUGGAUCAUCCAUUUCAUUUUACUGAUGAAGAUAAUGUCUACAGUGAGGAGAUCAGGGAACUUCUGAGUAGGAGAAGUGUGUCCACUCUUCUUCGAAGUGGGUUCCGUGAGAGUCUCGACCAAUUGAUACAGUCUUACGUGGAAAGGCAAAGUGGUAAUACUCAACUUGAUUGGGAACUGCAAGAAGAAACAUCUCCUAGCUCACUGGAACAAGAGUUGGCUCAUCCGCGUACAACUGUUGAUCAGAAUGCCAGUCGAGCAGACUCUAUUCCAAAUCCUCCACCUCUACCACCCCAAUUACUUCCUAUCCAAAGGCCGUGGGACAGAGAAUCACGGCAUUACCACUGGCCUCAUCAUGAUGACAUGCAUCCACGCUUUGGAAUGGUAAGUUCGCCACUUCCUUCCUUUCUUGCUCAAGCUAAGCUGCCCGUUACGAGUUUGAAGAUCAUACAUAUGAACCGAAACAUGUUGGUGGAUUAUGGAACGCAGGAGUGGGAUAUCGUUAACGAUUUGAGAAUCGACAUGGCAAGGAUGCAACAGAGGAUGAACAACAUGCAGAGGAUGCUGGAAGCCUGCAUGGACAUGCAACUCGAGUUGCAGCGCUCUAUCAAACAGGAAGUUUCAGCUGCUCUCAAUCGUUCCCCUGAACCUUCAGGGACAUGCGAUGACAGUUUGCCGGAGGAUCCAUCGAGGUGGGAGCACGUUAGGAAAGGGAUAUGCUGUGUCUGUAAGGAGAGCAGCAUUGAUUCCUUGCUGUACAGAUGUGGGCACAUGUGCACAUGCUCAAAGUGUGCCAACGAGUUGGUCCAGGCCAACGAAAAGUGCCCGAUGUGCAGAGCGCCUGUAACUGAGGUCAUCCGAGCUUACUCCAUCUCUUAACCUGAUAGAACGAUAUUUUUGUUACCUAUUCAAAUAUAAUUUUGAAUCCAUAUGAAUAACAAGAGAUCGACAAGUGUUCUCGGAGGUGCUUACGCGUGUCCGAAGUCUGAGUCGUUCGAUGUAUAAGGUGGCGAGAUUGCAUCGACGUAUAAUUCAACAAUGUCAGCUAGUGUUGACGCGUAAUGCUAGCCAAAUUAUGCAGUACAUAAAUGAUGAACUGGAAAGUGCCACAAUCGGGUCAGAAUCAUCUAGAGAAUCAAUGCAUCAACGUGUUUGCUCUUUGCUGUAUGUCAACUACCAUUCAAUUUAUUAGGUUUCUUCCCAAACGAAGUAACGCCACCAAACAACUAACACCUACCAGGCUACCACAUCCAUUUUUUCACAUAUAAAUAUUUUAAUUAUUCACAUGUAUAAUAAAUAUUUACACGUGCGGGGCACACGUAUCAGAGACUUGAGGUUCUGGGUAAGGAAAUCCUCUCCUGUCCCUUUCUGACCAAACUCGAAGAGCUACAGAUCCUCCUUAGCCUCCCACCAGCUAAACCCAUCUCCACCGUCCACGCGUCCUCACUUCCCACCGUCGAUCUUCUUCCCUCCACCUCCUCCACCACCCUCGUCGAACCACCGCUUCCUCCUCCUCCUCCUCCUCCGUUGCCGCCUUCCACCACCACUCCAAGAAACUGGGUGCCUCUGCACAAGGGACAGUUCACGUGCGCGUUCAGCCACGCGUCGACGCACUGCGCGUGGAACACGUGCUGGCAGACCGGUAUCAUCUUCACGGCCGCCUCCUCCUCGAACUCCCCGAGACAAAUGGCGCACUCCGCCAAAUCAUACUUCCCCUCGCCGCCCUUCCUGUAGCAGUACGCCGGCAGCGACCUCACCACCUCCGGGUCGAGCCCUUUCUUCUGGCCGACCCCGCGGCGGCGGUGGUAAUUGCCGACUUCCGCCGCCGCCGACCCCGCGGCGGCGGCGUCGCCGGAGAAUCUGCGGAUGUACAGGGAGAACAAACCCACGAAGAAGAUGGCCGUCAGCAGCAGCAGAAUCGUCAGCGCCAUGGAGGAAUCGAUGGUCUGGCGGUGGUCCUCCGGGUAGUGCAGCAUCUCCGGCGGCGUUUCGGGAAACGGCGGAGGUAAUAAGACCGAGCCGACGACGACGGAGUCGGAGCUGCCGUCGCGGCGCGUGAAGUGGAGCUUCCGAUUGUUGGAGUUCAUUGUGGUUUGAAGAGAAGGGGAGAUGAGAGAGCUAUGGAGAGUUGGGAUAAUCAUAGUCUCACUUAUUGGUGAUGUGAAAUGAGCAAAUGAGGAAUCGAUUUUGGGGGAAAGGAACAGAGAAGAGGUAUUAGUCGAGUUGAUGGAGGGAGAGAGGGUUUAUUGAAAUUGGAGGGUGUACUAGGAGGAGUGGGAAGGUUCCAAAGAUUGGGUAGAGGACGUGGGGCCUGGGGGAUUCAUAAGAUUGUUACAAGACAAACGACGAAGAUGGUGAUUAACUGAUAAGGAUGAAAUUUCUCCCCCCUGGCCUGCCUUAUUAGGCUGCUAUUAGGUGGUGAUUAGUGAUGGCAAGCGCAUCGAG